CCUCUGGGCUAGAAAUUAUGAGUUCUCUAACUCUUUUACCAGCCUCAACAGUACAUCGAAUCGCCAGCUCGCAAGUAAUCACUUCAGUCAGCACUGCAAUCAAAGAAUUGGUAGAAAAUGCAUUAGAUGCUGGUGCUGAUAAUGUUGAAGUCAAAUUGGAGGAACAUGGGCUUAGCAAAAUUGAGGUAUGUGACAAUGGGUGUGGCAUCAAAAGGGAAGAUGCGCAGGUGAUGGCUCAGAGAUACUACACCUCAAAAAUAGACUGUUUUGAAAAUCUCAGCGAGCUUACAACUUACGGCUUCAGAGGGGAAGCACUCUGUUCUUUGUGUGCCGUCAGUAAUGUAUUAAUCACAACAAAAACUAAAGAUAAUGCUGUCGGGAUAUGUUAUACACUUGGACAAUCUGGAAAGGUGCUUACGACAAAACCUGUUCCUUCAGCAACCGGAACGACAGUAGUUGUAACAAAUUUAUUCAAGAAUUUACCAGUAAGAAAACAGUUUUUGAGUAGUAAAAAGAAGUGCAAAGAAGAGCUUAAGAAGAUUGAAGACCUUGUCAUGUCAUUUGGGUGUAUUCACCCAGAAGUACGGCUUGUUCUGUGGCAUAACAAAUCAAUCAUAUGGCAAAAGGGUAAAGUAAAUGACUAUAAAACAGCUUUGGUUACAGCCCUGGGCUCUCCCGUUAUGGCACAAAUGGAUAAACUUGAAUAUGAAGAUGAAGAAUACAAAUUUCAGUUUACUGUGUAUUUACCAAAGAUGGGUUCCGAUCCAGGUGUUACGUGCCGGGCGAAUAAUGACAGGAGUUUUAUCUUUGUGAAUGAAAGGCCUGUUAUAUUCAAGGAAAUGUCACAGCUAGUGAAGGAAUUCUACGCUUCUGCUGGAAACCGCUACCCCAUUAUAUUUUUAAGCAUCAAACUUUCUCCUGAUAGUGUUGACGUCAACCUUGAACCAAACAAGACAAAAGUCCUAUUGACAGAGAAAGACAGAAUACUGGAUGUCGUUAAAGCUGUGGUAGAAAAGUUCUACAAAAAAGAAAUGGAAAAUGCUAAAGAUAGCGUUAGUUUGAACUGUGAAAAUGGAAAAAGAUGUAAAACUGUGGAGAAUUCUUUGGGUAAAGACGUCUCAUGCACUACAAAUAUAAGUCAAGGAGAAGAAGAAAGACUUGGUGAUGAUGGAAAAGGUUCUCUCAGUUCAAAUAAGAAUGCUUUAAUCUCAUCAAGUUCAGCUGAACAUUUAGUUGAUUAUCUUGAUAUAAAUGAUACUUUUAACCCAUUAGCUUCAUCAACACAAAAUUAUACUUGCACAAUAGAAAAUGGCAAUGUGGCAAAGGAAGUACCCUUCACUAAGAAUCAUACACAACAAUCUGAACAACUUUAUUCUUCACCAAUAAAAACAAAUUCAGUCAAUUUUGAGAAGAAACAGAACAACAUGGAGCAUGUUCAAUUUGACCACAAAGAGUCAUCUACAGCAUCUUCUAAAUUUUUGUCUCCGGAUAAUACUCUUCAUGAGGUCGAUGGUGCAAAGGAUGGCGUAAAUGAACCAUGGAAGGAUGCAUCAAUUUCUUCAACUGGCACAUGUAUAUCUGUCCGAAUCAAUACUGAUCCAGAUGGUGAUAAAUCAAAAAGUAUAUUAGAAUCCAAUGAUAUUGUCUCUAACGAUAUUAACACUGAUAAUACACAGACGAACUCAAAUGAAGUACAAAAGUCAAAGUUGAAUGCUACCAAUGAAAAAGGGAUUGUCUUGGAAGAAAGUAGUCAAAAUUCAAAUCUUUCUCUUGAUAAAGAGGAUGUAAACAACAUAUAUAAACUUCUUGAUUUGUCGGAAAAGGAAAAUCAAAAUUUGAACUCAGAAGAGGAAACAUUGAAACUACCAAUACCACCAAGCCAGCCAUGCCAGCCAGUGGUAUCACCUCUUUCUAAGCACAAGAAUGACAGCAGUUCUUUUCAGCUCGACAGUGUCUUUGACGACCUAGAGUUUGAUGAGAUCCUCAAAGACAUUGCUCAUAAAAAGACUGGCAGCCAAAGCAGCCAGUCAACACAGUCAUCACCAAGCAUCAGCCAGACUGCUGCAUCCAAGGUUAAAGAUAUGGUAGAUCUGACUAUUGAUAAAGGCAUUGGUAGUAAGAAUUGGAGUAUGGGGAACAUCUUGAAAGACAAACAAAAUAAUCUGGUAGAGCCAACAAAGCUACUUACACCAUCAUCUGUUAAAUCUGUUGACCAAAACAAGCCAUUACCUGUACCUGGAAAAAGAAAGCAUUCUGGUGAUAAGAGCCUUAGUCUAAAAMGAAACAAAAAAGUUAAACAAGUGAACCAGCUUGGCAACCAGUCUCUCAUCACUGUCCAUGCCUCCCAAACUCCUCAACAAAGAUAUCAAGAAGCAAAGAAAGUUACAGUGCCAUUCUCUUUGUCAAGUCUUAAGGCUUACAACUCAAAUCCAAGGAAGAACAUAUCAUCUUCAUCAAAGCAUCAACUGAUUGGCAGGGUGGAUCCAUCAGGGGUGUGGCUGAUGCUUAGAGGAGAUGAAAUUGCCUUUGUAAAUCAAUACAGAAUGCAGGAGCAAGUAUUAUUCCAUAAAUUAAUGCAAACGCAUUCACUAACUGGAGACAAGCUGGAGAAAUCUAUUCAACUGGAACCCAGACUUGUUGGAGGAGAAGAAUGUUGGACUAUCUUAACAAAACUUGAAAGUCAAAAUCAAUUUCUAGAUUCUGGAAGGGUAAUCAUCGAUGAAAGGAUMAAGUCUAAUGGCUUCGAUAUACGCGUUAAACUCGAUCCAGAUACUGAAGAUUUGAAAGUUGUGGUUACUGGAAUCACCACUAGUCUACCUUUCUAUGGAAUACCAGACCUCGCCGAGAUCUUAGGUUUGAUCAAAGACUCGGAAUCUAAAUCCAGCUCUCUUUCUGAAUGCAGACCACUGAAGGUUAUCAAUUACUUGAAGGGAGAGGCUGUGAGAGUCUGUAGGGGGCUAAGCUCACGCAUGUGCAGAGAGGACAUAGAAAGAACGCUGACYCAAAUGGAUGAAUACCUUCCAAAGCACGUGACCAGUUGUCUACAUCACAAGCCAUUUACGGGACAUGUGGCAAACAUUCCUAAUAUUGUCCUUAACUCAAAAUAAAUUAAUUUUAUGAAACAAAAUGAAAACAAUCACGCAGGGGAAUCCUUGGGUAGCUGGUUAGUUAAUGUUGAUGGUUCUAGCAAUAACUAUUUUCGGUUUUGUCAAUGUAAAUAGCGCAAUAUAUGUUGGAAAUAGCGAUUCAUAAAUGAUGGUGCAUCAUUCGACCAUCAGAGCCAUAAGAUCAUGUAAAUAACAAUGACAGCAAAAUUUUCUUA